AUGACUUUCUUCUUCACUCGUAUGUUAUUCAUCAUCAUGAUUUUGGUAGGGACUUGUGUGGCUUCUAUAUCCCAAUCCCAAGCAACAGCAACGGCCGUGAACAUUACGGAGGAAUUUGAGCGAUCGCUGACGGAGAUUGAACGCAGCUUCCUGAACAGUGAAGAGAGGGAAAGGCGUUUUGCAAUAUUCAAGAACAAUUUCGACAAGAAGCAAGAGCAAGGGGAUGAUGAUGAUAACUCCUCCUCUUCCCAUACCCCGAGGUUUUCUGGUAGUUGUGCAGGAACCUCCUACUUCAAUUCCUCAAUGAUCAACUUCUGGUUUAAUAUUUUUCUGCUUGUUUUCAUUUGUCUGUUUUUCCUCACCAUCCAAUUAAGAUCUGUUGCCAUUAGGCUUUUCAACUCCACCAAGCGAGCGUUUCUUUAA